CGGACCCCGCGCGCCUCGCCCCGCCGCUGACAUGUGUGCCGCCCGCGUGGCGCCCCUGGCGCACAUCUUCCGCGGGACUUUCGUCCACUCCACCCCGACCUGCCCCAUGGAGGUGCUCCGGGAUCACCUGCUGGGCGUGAGCGACGGCGGCAAAAUAGUGUUUUUAGAAGAAGCAUCUCAACAAGAAAAACUGGCCCAAGAAUGGUGCUUCAAGCCAUGUGAAAUAAGAGAACUGAGUCACCAUGAGUUCUUCAUGCCUGGGCUGGUUGACACACACAUCCAUGCCCCACAGUAUUCCUUUGCUGGAAGCAAUGUAGACCUGCCACUUUUGGAAUGGUUGACCAACUACACCUUUCCUAUGGAGCACAGGUUCCAAAAUAUUGACUUUGCUGAAGAAGUCUACACCAGAGUUGUUAGGAGAACUCUAAAGAAUGGAACAACCACAGCUUGUUACUUUGGAACAAUUCACACUGACUCAUCUCUGCUCCUUGCGGAAAUUACAGAUAAGUUUGGUCAGCGGGCAUUUGUUGGCAAAGUAUGCAUGGAUUUGAAUGACACAGUUCCAGAAUACAAGGAGACCACCGAGGAAUCGAUUAAGGAGACAGAGAGAUUUGUGUCAGAAAUGCUUCAAAGAAAUUAUUCUAGGGUGAAGCCCAUAGUGACACCCCGUUUUUCCCUUUCCUGCUCUGAGACUUUGAUGGGUGGACUUGGUAACAUUGCAAAGACCCAUGAUCUACACAUUCAGAGCCAUAUUAGUGAAAAUCGGGAUGAAGUUGAAGCUGUGAAAAACUUACACCCCAAUUAUAAAAACUACACAGAUAUCUACGAUAAAAACAAUCUUCUGACAAAUAAGACGGUGAUGGCGCAUGCUUGCUAUCUUUCUUCAGAAGAACUUACCGUAUUCAGUGAACGAGGAGCCUCCAUCUCACACUGUCCUAAUUCUAAUUUGUCGCUGAGCAGUGGCUUGCUGAAUGUUCUAGAAGUCCUGAAACACAAAGUGAAGAUAGGGCUGGGAACAGAUGUGGCUGGUGGUUAUUCUUACUCCAUGCUUGAUGCAAUCAGAAGAGCAGUGAUGGUUUCCAAUAUCCUUUUAAUUAAUAAGGUAAAUGAGAAAGGCCUCACAGUCAAAGAAGUCUUCAGACUAGCUACUCUUGGAGGAAGCCAAGCGUUGGGGCUGGAUAGUGAGAUUGGAAACUUUGAAGUGGGCAAGGAAUUUGAUGCUCUUCUGAUCAACCCCAAGGCUUCUGACUCUCCUAUUGACGUCUUUUAUGGGGAGUUUGUAGGUGAUAUUUCCGAGGCCAUUAUCCAGAAGUUUCUCUAUCUCGGAGAUGAUCGAAAUAUUGAAGAGGUUUAUGUGGGCGGAAAGCAAGUGGUUCCAUUUUCCAGCUCGGUGUAAGACGCUGGAGCAUCUACGAAUUUCUCCUGGGAUAAAAUGAGUCUUCAUCUCCGUGUUCCAGGCUCGGUUAGAAAGGCGCAGCAGUACCUUGUUCUUGGAUGACUCUUUCUGUGUCUACAGUAUUCGCUUGGUAAAUUGUUAGAAGGCAAUGCACU